UUGCUGUGAGAUUUCCACAAACAGUUCGAAAAAACAUGCGAAAAUGACCGUUUUGUCCCUUGACGCCGUCUUCGAGAUUCUUUCCCGCCACUUUUAUUUCCGUUAAAACCAGCCUAAAACCCCGAAAUUGAAAGUUGAAAACUCUCAAAGCACAGUGAUGAGUGAUGAACACAGCCAUGACAUGACCACUACUACUAGUUCAUCACAGAUUCUAUGCCACACGGCGGCUUUCGUCUCCGAAACACUUUCGCAAUCGGAGCUCCGCCGCCGCGUCUUCUCCACGCUCCGCCGCAGGCUCCCGCCACCGUUGGGUUCCAGCCAAACCGCGGCUAUUAAAUCCCUCAACUUCGCCGCGGAAACCCUAGAAAACGCCAUCGCCGAAUCCAGCGCAGCCGUCCGGACCUCCUCCCUCCGCCUCUGUGAGAAGCUCCUCCUCUCCGGGCCCAAAAGCCCCUUCUCCUCGCUCCUCCUCUCCCUCAUCUACGGCCUCUGCCGCCGCUCGAUCGACGCCGCCGUCUGCGUCCUCGAGAUCUUCCGAUCCGAGCCGGCGCUCGCCCGGACGGAAUUGGCUCCGGUGCUGUUCGAGGAGCUCUUCCUCGUCCACCUCCUCCCGGUUCUCCAGUGGUACAAUCGCCGGCGAUCGCAGAUUCUGCCGUCGCUGUCCCCAAAUGUCAGCUACGAAAACGACGACGACGACGACGUUUCGAUCAACGACAUGUCGGUGGCGUUUCCGGCGGGGUCGAAUUCGCUGUCGAAGAUGAGCGGGAACCAGACGGGGCUGAAGGAGCUGGAGAGCCGCUACGAGAGGGUUUUGGAUGAGAAUUGUAGGGUUUUCAGUGAGUAUUUCAGGGAGGUUUUGGAGAAUAAAGAUGGAGGAAGAGUGAUUGAUCCACCGGCUGUGGUGUUGGAAUUGAGUGAAGGAAGUGAUGAGUUCCGGUAUGAUGAUCGGAGCACCGGAGAAGAUGAAGCCGGAUUUGAAAACGGACGGUACAAUCCAAUUUGGGCUGAAGCAGAGAAUUCAGUUGAAUCGUUCAGCAGGGGCAGCAGUGUAAGAAGAAGACCCAAGUCUCCCUCAUUUUAUCCUCAAAGAGUUGCACUUGAUAAUAUCUUACCCUCAUGGAGUCUGGGAGCGACGCCAAAUGUAAAUUCAGAUUCUGAGCUGGAAGAAUCUUCUUUGGAGGACCAUUCUCUUGAUUCCUUUUUGGAUUCCGAAGCUGAAAUUGAGGAAAACAACACAAGAAUGGAAUUAUUUGAUUCUAGGCGGAACCAAAUCCAAAAGCUAAAGCAACCCAUUUCCGCAGAAUCAAGUCGUUCAUCUCCAAAUCCGCUCAUGGCAGAUUCUGAAAACCAAUCUGGUGGUGGAAAAUUUACACCUCCGAAGGACUUUGUGUGUCCCAUAACUAGUACCCUUUUUGAUGAUCCAGUGACACUUGAGACUGGUCAGACAUAUGAGCGAAAAGCCAUCCAAGAAUGGCUUGAUAGAGGAAACUCAACCUGCCCAAUUACCCGCCAGAAUUUGCAAAGCACCCAACUGCCUAAGACCAACUAUGUCCUCAAGCGUCUAAUUGCAAGUUGGCAAGAACAGAACCCUGGUAUAGCCUUCAGCCCAUCUGAUAAUCCAAGCCCGCAGAUUGAGCCAAUGGUGAAACCCAUAAUGCCUUCAACUUCUCCUGUCAGUGUCAUAAGCCAAGCUGCUAUUGAUAGUGCAGUUAGUGAGUUAAGAAUUGCCAUUACCAAUCUUUGUAUGUCAGAAAUUCUCAAGGAGUCUGAAAUGGCUGUUCUUCGUAUUGAGCGUUUCUGGCAGGAAGCAAAUGUGGAAUGGGAUAUUCAGAAUAUGCUCUCAAAACCUCCGGUUAUUAAUGGUUUCGUGGAGGUUCUUUUCAAUUCGGUCGAUCCUAGAGUUCUAACAGCCACAGUUUUCCUCUUGUCUGAGCUGGGUUCAAGAGACAAUGCUGUGAUUCAGACACUAACCCAGGUUGACUCUGAUGUGGAAUGUAUUGUGGCUCUUUUCAAAAAGGGGUUGAUGGAGGCUGUUGUCUUGAUAUAUCUGCUAAGGCAUUGCAUUCUUAAUCUAGUGGAGAUGGACCUGGUGGACUCUCUCUUAAUGGUUAUUAGAAAGGGAGAUGAUGAUUGGGCUAAUAUGUGUCUAAAGCCUAAAUCAGCUGCAGUGGUUUUACUGGGGCAUAUUGUUGGCGGCAGUGAAUCAAUCGCCAACACUGUGACUUCUGAAAAAUUACUUGAAAGAAUAAUCAGCAGUUUGGAAUCUGAAUCAGCAGAAGAGAAGACUGCAGCGAUUGGGAUCUUAUUAAGAUGUAUGCAACAGGAUGGGCACUGCAGGAACACAAUAGCUGAUAAAGCUGAGUUGGCUCCUGUUUUGGAUAGCUUCACGGGUGCAGAGGAUGAAGAACGGUUUGAGAUAGUUCUUUUUUUGUCCGAGUUAGUGAAAUUAAACAGGAGGACAUUCAAUGAACAAAUCCUGCAUAUCAUAAAGGAUGAGGGCCCUUUCAGUACAAUGCACACCCUCCUUAUUUAUCUACAGACCGCUGCUCAAGACCAUUGUCCUGUUGUGGCCAGUCUACUACUUCAACUUGAUCUUCUGGCAGAGCCGAGAAAGAUGAGCAUAUACCGUGAAGAGGCAAUGGACACUCUCAUUUCAUGUCUCAGAAAUAUUGAGGCCCCUGCUGCCCAAAUCGCUGCUGCUGAGACCAUUAUGUCACUGCAAGGGACGUUCACCACAUCUGGAAAGCCUCUUGCUAGGGCCGUCCUUCUAAAACGUGCUGGCCUUGACAAAAUUUAUAAACAACGUGUGCGAAUGGAUCAACUUAGCAACUUUUCUGGAGAAGUUGAAACUGUUGAGGAAGAAAAGGCAGCUGAUAACUGGGAAAGAAAAAUGGCAUUUGUUUUAGCAAGCCACGAGUUUGGUCUACUUUUUGAGGCCUUGGCAGAAGGAUUGAAGAGCAGAAUCUCGGAAUUAUGUUCUGCAUGCUUUGUGUCAGCCACAUGGCUCGUACACAUGCUCAAUGCCCUUCCAGAUACAGGAAUACGAGGAGCAGCUCGGCUGUGCUUGAUUAAACGGUUCAUAUCAAUAUUCAAGUCUGCCAAGGAUACUGAAGACAAAGCACUUGCUUUGCUGGCGUUGGGCAGCUUCAUCCGUGAUCCUGAGGGGAUGCAAGAAUUAAAUUCUUGCAGGAGGGAUAUCGUAAAAGGCCUGAGAGAGCUUAAGAGAUACACUCCCUUGGCAUUUCAAAUGCUAAAAGUCUUUUCCGAUGGGCAAGACUCUAGUGCCGAAAUGUGGGAUCAUAAAGAAUUAGUUCAAGUAGACUGCAGUGAGAACGGAGAGGUUCUUUCAGUAGUUUGUUUCAAGGAUAAAAUAUUUUCUGGCCAUUCAGAUGGAACUAUAAAGGUGUGGACGGGUAAAGGUAGCAUUCUCCAUCUAAUCCAGGAAAUUCAAGAACAUACAAAGGCAGUUACUAGCUUGGCAAUUUUGCAAUCAAAGGAGAUUCUAUACAGUGGCUCACUAGAUAGAACAACAAGGGUCUGGUCUAUCAGCAAUGAAGGAAUCCAGUGUGUAGAAGUCCAUGAUAUGAAGGAUCAAGUUCAUAAUCUGGCCGUCACCAAUAGUUUUUCAUGCUUCAUUCCACAAAGCAAUGGUAUAAAGGCUCACUCAUGGAGCGGAGGAUCCAAAAUGUUAAAUUCCAGCAAAUCUGUAAAGUGCUUUGCUCUGGUAAAUGGGAAAAUAUAUUGUGGAUGCCAUGAUAGCAGUGUUCAGGAGAUUGAUUUGGUCACAGGAACACUCAGUACCAUUCAAACCGGCUCCCGGAAAUUACUUGGGAAAUCAAAUCCUAUCCAUUGCAUUCAGUAUCACAGUGGAAUGAUAUAUGCAGCAGGUUCUUCGUUGGAUGGAGCAGCAGUGAAGAUUUGGAGUGCUGCAAACUUCAGUUUGGUUGGGUCUCUGUCAACUACACUAGAAGUGCGGGCUAUGGCAAUAAGCUCGGAACUGAUCUAUUUGGGAGGUAAAGGAGGAUGUGUGGAAAUUUGGGAUAGGGAGAAGCAGAACAAAAUAAUAGACACACUACAAACUGGCACAAACUGUAAGGUUCUUUCCUUGGCUAUUGAUCCCAAUGAGGAAGUUUUGGUCACUGGAACAUCUGAUGGCCGAAUCCAGGCAUGGGGACUGAGCUAAGAGGACUUGGUAGAUUUGGACCCCAAUAUUAUUGGGGUGGAGGAGCAGCUGAAGAUACUAGAUGAUUUUUUAGAUGAAAUUCUUUGCAAUAAUAUUUCUUCUUUGUUUAAAAGCCUUAUAGGAAAAUAUAUUUUCCAUUGCUUCAACCAAAAUAAAAACAUAUCAAAUGCAAACCAUUGCAUUGUAAUUCGGCUUUUUGUAGCUGUGUACAGAUACUAAUAUUAAAUGUAAGAUGUAACAUGUUCAAUACCAA